AUGUCCUACCUUCAUCACACCCCUCUCAACCCUCCCACCAAUAUUCACCAUCACAUCAUGAUGCCAACUACAUCACCAACAACACAUCCUAUGAAUUUAAACUCUCAUCAUCAUGCAUUUUCCCAAAUUUCAAACUACAACUCCACCAACAAUAACAAUGCCAACAACAUUAUCCUUCCACCGUUUGACCCUGAUGAUCCACUCUUUCAGGUGGCAUCUUCAUCUUCGGAUCAUUUUGUUUUCAAUACCAAUGCUCCAUCCUAUGAUAAUGAAAUGAUGCCUAUUCCACAAUUACAUUCCUCUCCUUCAUCUCAUCAAACAAUCAGUUCAAAUCAUGCUGGUGUUCAACCCAAUCCAACAUCAACCACUAGUAAUAGUAUAAUACCCAUGUCUAACGAUAACAUGAUGUACACCAAUUCCAUUCAUAAUAGCCAUCCACUGAAUUCCUUGAUGAUGGGUAGCAAUAGCCAACAACCACCAACACCAACAACACCAUCCACACCAAGCGAAAAGAAAAAGAAGGCUGGAGAAGGACUUGUCCGUAAAUUGUGUUGUCUUUGCGAGAAUGAAAAGGGACAUCCCAAUGGUUUUCUUGUUGCAGUUGAUCAAAUCAAGAGAAUUCCAUCACAUUUGAGCUACAUGGUCUCCGACAAACAUUUAGAUUACUUGAAAAAGCAAAGACAAGCCAAGAACAUUUGUUGCGAUCAAUGUUGGGAAACCAAAAUCCAACCUGUAGUUGGAAACACUAGUAGCAGUAGUGGAGCUGUUGAUGGUAAUAACACUCCAUCAACUUCUACACCAACAACAUUGGCCAAUGAUGGCUCAGCCUCAAUGUAUGGAUCAAAUUUGAUGUUUAGUAAUUAUUCAGGUGGUAGCAAUGUCAUGAAUACCCUAAUGAACACUCUAAAUAAUAAUUCUAACCACUCGUAUGGUACAAUGAGUUUGAACAACACUAUGAAUCACCAGUUGACCAUGAAUCAACUCAGCAAUACUCCACCAACAACAAUUAUUACUCAAUUUACACCUCAAGACUUUACAGAAACAAAGAGAAAAAUUACAUCCCCCAACUCAAAACAAAAAGCACCUAAAAAACAGAAAAAACAAGAGCAACCUCCUGCAGCUGCUGCAACUCUUUCGUUUGACCAAGUUUAUAACAAGCCUAUCGAUGUGAGAAAGCAAUUUUUAAGGGAAAAUAUUGAACCCAUGCUGCUCAACGAUGUGUGCCGAGGAAAUAAGGAAGCGUUCCACACCCUUCUAGAAGAUUUGUCGCAAAACAAGCAUUUCACAAUUCAAAAUUACAGGUUGGAAACUCUUCUCAAACCAACUAGAAAUGUCAACAAGCCAAUCUCUUCAUCUCAAAUUACAAGACACAUCUUGAGAAAGAGAAAAAAGUAA